AUAUUAGCAUAUCACUGAGCUACCUAACCAAAAGAGGUUAUUUAGAAUAAGUACGAGGUGUAGUGCUAAGGUUACAAAUUUGCCAUGUUGCUAACCAACAAAACAUUCCACAUUGUCACCAAAUCUAUGUCUUUUUAUGCAUCUUCUCGUCUUUCCACAGCUUCCUUAUCAACAGCUUAUGAACGCGUCGAAAAAAAUGUUGCAGGGUAGUAAUGCGGUGGCGGAAGCAAAUAGUGAUGAUGGUGGUGUGACGAGAGAGGGUAUGUACAAAGGAACGGGAGAAGAGAUGGGUAUGUCAAGUGAUGCAGCAAGAGAGGGUCCAAUAAAAGCAGAGGAAGAAGGAGAUAUGGUGAGAGAUACUGCAAAGGAUAGCAUGGAUGGAGCUUGGAUAGCAGCUACAAACAAGGUUCGAGAUUGUCACAAGGAUGAAGGGCAACGAUAAUUAUAUAAGGAGGAAACAUCUUAUAAUUCCACAAUGUUUUAUUCAUCAAAAUGUGUCAUCACUUCUUUAUGUAAUGCCUACUUAAUUUCAAACCACUUGCAUAAUUAUGGGUCGUUAUGCUUUUCCAUU